CCGUCUGCAACCGAACCGAUAUAUAGCCAACUCGGCCAACCGAAACCGCCACCUCUUGCUGCUGCUUGAAGACUGAAGAGAGACAAAGAUGACAAUCCCUGAAGGCCACCGCCGGCAGGCCAGGGUUCGGCCUCCAGCACGAGCUCCACCAGUUCGAAGCAGCGUGCCGUUAAAGCGGUUGUUCCGGGUGGCUUCUGUGGCUUGUGGAAUUCAGUUCGGUUGGGCAUUGCAGUUGUCUCUUCUAACGCCUUAUGUUCAGGAACUCGGAAUUCCUCACGCAUGGGCCAGCCUCGUGUGGCUUUGUGGUCCCCUCUCUGGUUUACUGGUCCAGCCCCUUGUAGGGCAUAUGAGCGACCGGUGCAAGAGCCGCUUCGGUCGUCGCAGGCCUUUCAUCGCUGCCGGAUCCGUGUCUAUCGUUGUCGCCGUUCUGAUUAUUGGACACUCUGCGGAUAUCGGUGGGAUACUCGGGGACCGAGGGGGGUCUAGGCCGCGCGCCGUUGUUGCUUUUGUUAUAGGGUUUUGGUUGCUUGACGUCGCUAAUAACAUGACUCAAGGACCUUGCAGGGCUCUCCUUGCCGAUCUUACCGGGAGUGACCAAAGGAAGACUCGCAUUGCUAAUGCAUAUUUCUCAUUGUUCAUGGCUGUUGGUAAUGUUCUCGGGUUUGCUACGGGAUCAUACAGUGGCUGGUACUCCAUUCUCCCCUUCACCGUGACAUCCUCAUGCGGUGUGAAUUGUGCCAAUCUCAAAUCUGCAUUUUUUAUUGACAUUGCUUUUAUUGCCCUCACAACAUAUAUAAGCAUCUCAGCAGCUCAAGAACUGCCUCUAAGUUCCAGCAGUAGAUCUGUCAUCUCUGAAGAUGAAAGACCAGAGCCGUCCCAUAAUGCUGAAGAAGCCUUCCUUUGGGAGUUGUUUGGAACUUUUAGAUACCUCUCUUGGCCAGUUUGGAUAAUAUUAAUUGUUACUGCUCUGACAUGGAUUGGGUGGUUUCCAUUUCUUCUCUUUGAUACUGAUUGGAUGGGCCGAGAAAUUUACAAAGGCAAGCCAAAUGAAGGGCAGAAUUAUCAUAUUGGUGUAAGAAUGGGUGCACUUGGUCUAAUGUUAAAUUCUAUUGUUCUUGGGUUGACUUCAGUUGUACUGGAGAAACUUUGCAGGAAAUGGGGGUCUGGUCUUGUUUGGGGAACAUCAAAUGUUCUCAUGUCCUUGGGCCUAAUAACUAUGCUCAUAAUCUCUCUUGUAGUGAAGAAUAUGCACUUCCACAAUGGUGAUCUUCCUCCUUAUGGUGUUGUAAUUGCUGCACUAGCUGUUUUUGCAGUUCUCGGUGUUCCAUUGUCAGUUACUUAUAGCAUUCCUUAUGCUAUGGUCUCCACACGUAUCGAGUCCUUAGGACUAGGACAAGGAUUGUCAAUGGGUGUACUCAAUUUGGCUAUUGUGAUCCCACAGGUACUUGUAUCCUUGGGAAGUGGACCAUGGGAUCAACUAUUUGGUGGUGGGAACUCACCAUCCUUUGCUGUGGGAGCAGUUGCAGCCUUUACCAGUGGACUUGUAGCCAUAUUGGCUCUCUCUCGAACUUAUACACCGAAGCCUAGGCCCCUUGUAUAAUGUAUUAAAAUGUCUUUUCUUGGGUUUGUUAUUCGAUUGACAACACCGGUUCUUACUCUAGUAUUAAGAUGCUAAGGUGAUGGCGCUUGGCAUUUGAGAUCAGGUGGUGGUAUCCUUGGGAAGUGGGUUGAGGGAUCGUCUCUUUGGUGGUGGGAACUCACCCUCCUUGUCUGUGGGUAGCAGUUGCAGCUUUUUCCAGCAGAGCUGUAGCCAUAUUGGGCUCCUUUUGACCUCACACACCGAAGCCUAGGUCCUGUGAGGUAUUAAAAUGUUCUUUUUUUUUAUUUUUAUUUGUUUCAAUAGAUCUAUUCAUUAUCACAGGAGUAUGUUACAUGGAAACUGGGAAUUUGUAAUUUAUUAAAGAAAUUUUGUAUAUAAUUAUUGUCAUCAACAAAACCAGUCACUCUUUUCUAGCAGUUUCUUCUCCAUUCAAACCACCAAGGACCCGGCUAAAGUUUUCACCAUGUGGUUAAUUGAGCCAGGACGGAGCUGUUGCUCAUUUGGAAGAUUCUCUAAUUUGCAAAUUGAGAACCAAGGUUUUGUGCCAGUUUACCCUAGAGAGAGAGAGAGGGUUACGCUCUUUCCAGUAAGGACUCUUCCAAGGGAUUAUUCAAAGUACUUACAAGAAGUGGUUUAUAUAUGCUCAUUGCCUGCACCUUGUACUGACAAAUGAUGAGCGCAUAUUUAAUGCCAGAGUAAGGGAUUAAGAACAGGGUACACAGUGAACAAUUCCAUUUAUACACAUCAAAGGAACCAAAGUUUAUAAUGCAAUGGCUAUCAUUGAAUGCUUUCUGAAGCAAGUUACCUCCCACACAUUAGGGAAUCUCUUGAAUGUGAAAGAUUCUCAUCACCUGUAAACACUACUUUAUGGCUAAUCACCGGGAAACGUAGACAGUGCACAUCUUGUUGAGGAUUAGGGGAUCACUCUUAUUGACGACUUCCAUUCCAACAAGAUAACUUGCUGGUGAUUGGGUUUAUUCCUUGAGAAGAUUUCUUCCCUUCAUCGUUCAGUCAUAAUAUGCGGAAUCCCACAGCCUAACGUGCAUGUACUGAGAGUUAUGUCAAUUGUGAUUGGUGGCCAACAGAUGGUAUGUGAAAUUAUGCUGAUUGAAACCUUGAUGGGGACAUCUCUGUAUGCUCUAGUUCAUGAAAGCUUUAGUGAUUUCAAUGGGACGGCUCUUUAUUA